AUACAUUAUAAAUUUUCAACAAUAAAUUUCUGUUUUUGAAAAAAAAAACAUUUAACUUAACUUAAAAAAGAUGCCUCAAAAAUUAAUACGCGAUGACUAUAAAGAGCUAAGUCUUUCCGAGGUUCACGAACAUCUUGAUGAUUUGUAUUUGGAACUCCUAAGUCUAGUCGAACAGUUGGUACAAUGCAAAGUAACUAUUGAAAAAGUCACAAACGAAGGAAGAAUCAAUUGUGCAAAAGCUCGCUAUAUUCAAGGACCUAAAACAGUUGGAAUAUCAAAACUACCCACCGACGAAAGUCAAGAAUUCAAUGCUCUUGUACGUGUCGAACAAAUCCAAUCGGAGAGUGCUUGUGCUGAAAAGGAAUUCCAGCUCAAACGCUAUCCAAUUGAUAAGGAAGCUAAAUUUAUUGAUCCAAUUCGAUGGUUUGGAGUUCUAGUUCCCAGGCCUUUACAAGUGACUAAAGAGAAAUUCCAAAAUUCACUUGAAUUAAUUAUUGAAGCUGCCAAUAUUCAGAUGCAAAUGGAUAAUAUUAUGGUGUCUAUACAAAAAUUAAAAGAACAAAAAAGUAUUUUGUGUGCCUAGGUCUAAGUAUAAAUUUAUUAAAAAACUA